AUGGCCCCGAAACGGCAAUCUGCACUCCUGCCUCAGUCCAAGAAACCCAAAUCGACUCCUGCCGCGAAGCUGGAGGACAAGCCGGCCUCUCCCGGCUUGCCGAAGGGAGAAAAAGAACAGCAAGAAGCAAUUGAACACAUUGACGAAGUACAAAAUGAAAUAGACAGACUCAAUGAACAAGCCAGUGAGGAAAUUUUGAAAGUAGAACAAAAAUAUAACAAACUCCGCCAACCAUUUUUUCAGAAGAGGUCAGAAUUGAUCGCCAAAAUCCCAAAUUUUUGGGUAACCACAUUUGUCAACCAUCCACAAGUGUCUGCACUGCUUGGGGAGGAGGAUGAAGAGACUCUGCAUUACUUGACCAGAGUUGAAGUGACAGAAUUUGAAGACGUUAAAUCAGGUUACAGAAUAGAUUUUUAUUUUGAUGAAAAUCCUUACUUUGAAAAUAAAGUUUUCUUCAAAGAAUUUCAUCUGAAUGAGAGUGGCGACCCAUCUUCAAAGUCCACUGAAAUCAAAUGGAAGUCUGGAAAGGAUUUGACAAAAUGCUCAAGUCAAACGCAGAAUAAGGCCAGCAGGAAGAGGCAGCAUGAAGAGCCGGAGAGCUUCUUUACCUGGUUCACUGACCGAUCUGAUGCAGGUGCAGAUGAGUUAGGAGAGGUCGUCAGAGACGGCGUUUGGCCAAACACCUUGAAGUACUAUUUGGUUCCUGAUAUGGACGAUGAAGAAGGAGAGGCAGAAGAUGAUGAUGAUGAAGAAGAGGAAGGCUUGGAUGAUAUUGAUGAGGAAGGGGAUGAAGAUGAAGGUGAAGAAGAUGAAGAUGAUGAUGAAGGGGAGGAAGGGGAGGAGGAUGAAGGUGAGGAUGACUAGCACAGAAGACUGAUGGAUUCCAGCCCUCUUUUUUAUUUUCUUUUUAUUUCUUAAUUUUCUCCAGUCCCUGGGAGCAGGUUGCGGUCAUUUCCCUCUACCCCCCCAGCCCCUCUUGUGCUCAGUCGCCCUGUUUUUGAGGUCUCUUCUCAACACCAUGGUUCUCAACCUAUUUGGGGGGAAAUACCUUGAACAAAAUACAACAGGAAAAGAAUCUCCACUAUUCUGUUCUAAAUUCAUUUUUAUCCUUUGUUGUCUCAAACUGCGGAUUCAACACCACCACUGUGCUCUGUGGGAAAAAAAGGAAAACCCUCCUGCCCCCUUGGCUCUGCUGGAGGCUGGGGGGUGCCAGGCCCCUGUGCAGAAGUACAUAGACUUCUAGCUUUUUUCCUUUCUCGGUAUAUUGGGCUCAGAGAUUACACUGUGUCUCUAUGUGAAUACAGACAGUUAGCAUUUACCAACAUAUAUCUGUCUACUUUCUCUCGUUUAAUAAAAAGAAAA